GAAGCCGGAGGGUGGGGCUUCCAUUCAACUGACGUGUCUUUCUGAGGGGAGAACUGGAGUUUCUGCUGCCGCUUGGCCCUUCCUUUUCCGCGUUGAGGGCGCCGAGAUGGGGAUUAAAUUUCUUGAAGUAAUCAAGCCCUUCUGCGUUAUCUUGCCAGAAAUUCAAAAACCAGAAAGGAAGAUCCAGUUUAAAGAAAAGGUGCUAUGGACGGCUAUCACUCUCUUCAUCUUUUUGGUUUGCUGCCAGAUUCCCCUUUUUGGUAUUAUGUCAUCGGAUUCAGCUGAUCCCUUUUAUUGGAUAAGAGUAAUUCUGGCUUCCAACAGAGGUACACUGAUGGAGCUAGGCAUUUCUCCCAUUGUCACAUCUGGUCUCAUCAUGCAGUUGCUGGCUGGUGCCAAAAUAAUUGAAGUUGGGGAUACACCAAAAGACAGAGCUCUCUUCAAUGGGGCACAGAAAUUAUUUGGCAUGAUUAUUACUAUUGGACAAUCUAUUGUUUAUGUAAUGACUGGGAUGUAUGGAGACCCAUCAGAGAUGGGAGCAGGAAUCUGUCUCCUUAUCACCAUUCAGCUUUUUGUUGCUGGUUUGAUAGUUCUUCUGUUGGAUGAACUUCUGCAGAAAGGCUAUGGUCUUGGCUCUGGCAUUUCUCUCUUCAUUGCUACUAAUAUCUGUGAGACUAUUGUAUGGAAAGCGUUCAGCCCAACUACAGUGAACACUGGCCGAGGCAUGGAGUUUGAAGGCGCCAUCAUCGCCCUGUUCCAUCUGCUGGCUACUCGCACAGACAAAGUUAGAGCUCUCAGGGAAGCCUUCUAUCGGCAGAAUCUCCCCAAUCUUAUGAACUUGAUUUCCACCAUAUUUGUCUUUGCUGUUGUCAUUUACUUCCAGGGAUUUAGAGUGGACCUCCCUAUAAAAUCUGCCCGCUACCGUGGCCAGUACAAUACCUAUCCAAUCAAGUUAUUCUAUACCUCCAAUAUUCCCAUUAUCCUUCAGUCUGCAUUGGUUUCCAACUUGUACGUAAUUUCUCAGAUGCUCUCUGCUCGUUUUAGUGGCAACAUAUUGGUUAGCCUUCUGGGUACUUGGUCUGAUACAUCAACUGGAGGUCCUGCCCGUUCAUAUCCUGUUGGUGGCUUGUGUUAUUACUUGUCGCCUCCUGAGUCUUUUACAUCAGUUUUGGAUGAUCCUGUUCAUGCAGUUGUUUAUAUUGUGUUUAUGUUGGGUUCCUGUGCUUUCUUCUCCAAAACCUGGAUUGAAGUGUCCGGCUCAUCUGCAAAAGAUGUUGCUAAACAACUGAAAGAGCAACAGAUGGUUAUGAGGGGUCACAGGGAAACCUCCAUGGUUCAUGAACUGAACAGAUACAUUCCAACAGCUGCCGCUUUUGGUGGCCUCUGCAUUGGUGCCCUCUCUGUGCUGGCAGACUUCCUCGGAGCAAUAGGAUCGGGCACAGGAAUCUUGUUGGCUGUCACCAUCAUUUACCAAUACUUUGAAAUCUUUGUAAAAGAGCAGAGUGAAGUUGGCAGCAUGGGAGCACUUCUCUUCUAAAUGCAAUACUGAGUCAUGGACCUAGGGACUGGCGAAGAGUGUUUUUAAGUUUUUAAAAAAUCAGGUGAAAGAGAUUUAACAAUUACACAAAAACACAUGGGCGUACGGCAUUAAUAGAAACACUUCUUUUAAAUGUGUGAAUUUUUUUUUCUGAAGCACAUUCCUUCGGUUCAGACUUUAUUGGUAUUUAGUUGCUGUUUUAUAAAUAGCUGGAAAAUGUGUAAAAAAA